GAGUUCCGGUUUUGUAGAGAAGAGGAGCGACAGAAAAGUGCGUCACUAAGAGACCAGGCAGAUCAAGAGGCUGCGGAAGAGCUCGAGGAUCAAGGACUUUUGUUUUUAUUUGACGACGUUGACACCCACGGCCUGGUUUUUGGUAACAUGGUGAAAAUCGCCUUUAACUCCUCUCUGGCUCAGAAAGCCCUCGGCAAAGAAGGCGAUGUGCUUGUGGCCGAGAAGGAUCCCGAGGUAGCCACGGAGUACAGAAAUGAGAACUCCACAGGGAGGUGCUUGCUGACUCUGCUGGGACUGGCCUUCAUUCUGACUGGGCUCAUCGUGGGCGGCGCCUGUGUGUACAGGUACUUUGCGCCCAAGAAGUUGUACCAUGGCGGCAUGCAUUUUGCCGAGAUGGACAACAACUUGGUGCCCAUGGACUUGGAGACGCGCGAGCCCUACUACCUGCCCCGCAUCGACGAGGAGGUGGAGAUCCGGGACAACGUGGCCAUCAUCAAUGUGCCCGUCCCUCAGUUCGCUCCCACCGACCCUGCGGCCAUCCUGCACGACUUUGACAGGAAACUGACGGCUUACCUGGAUCUGAAUCUGGACACCUGCUUUGUCAUUCCUCUCAACUCCUCGGUUGUCAUGCCUCCUGAAGACUUACUGGAUCUCUUUGUGCAGUUAAUGACUGGUUCUUACAAGACUUACCUGAUACAUGAGGACUUGGUCGUGACCGAGCGUAUUGACGACGUGACUGAGCUGGGGUUCUACAUCUAUAACCUCUGUGAUGACAAGGACACUUACAGGAUGCAGCACAGGAGUGAGAUCAUUGGCCUGCAGAAGCGGUCUCUCGAGGAUUGCUUCACCAUCCGCCACUUCGAGAACAAGUUCGUGACUGAAACCAGGAUCUGCAAAUUCUGAGACGAGCGCCGGAGAGGGGAGGGGGGGGGGUAUCCGCGAGAGCCUCUGUCAUUCCGGUCUUCUGCCUUGGCAGGAGAGAUGGGAUUUCGAUGAUGGAGUUCAAUUGUGCUCCGAACUGGCUAAUUUUUACGCGUAUAAAUAACAGCCAUUUUCCGUGUGUUUUCACCCCUCCCGCUUUGUAUGCACUGAGUUCAGUAGAUAAGUAGGUAUUUGCUGAUUUGUAUCACCUGAGCCACUUUUAGGCUCACUUAUUUCUGCAGCCAGGGUAUUAAUGGUAUUGGUUUUUUUUGUUGUUGUUGUUGCUAGACGUAUGUUUUUUUUCUUUCCCUGCUGGUAACAGCAUUAACAGUGUAUCAGAAUGUUUUGGUAAGUUGGUAAGGUUUGUGUUGUAUCUUCAUUAAAUGUUCCUAGGGCCCUUAAAAUUCCUUUGAAAACCCACUGCAUUUGCACCAUGGAAGUUUAACAGUGGUGCUUGGCUCUAUGAUAAAACAGUCGCGAGAUUUGAAUGUUGGGAGAUGGUAUUGAAAAACUGGGUGUUCUGUUUCUUUGUGGACAUGUCUGUAUUAACCACUACCUGUCUGAUAGCAAGCCGUAUGUGAGGUUGUGCUAAGAUUCUUCUUCCCCUGCCUCCAGUCCUUAGCAGCAUGUUCUGUAUCACUGGUGCCUUUUUGUAGCUGAAACUAGACUGUGGUUCCUUUAAACCUCUUUAUAGUGAAGCUGAAAAGCAAUCGAUUUCGACCCUGAGUAGAACUGCCGUGCUAGUAAUGUGUAAAAGUCAUUUGCUUCUACUAACUGAAAGAUUUAACUGUUGAAGCUUGAAUUCAGCACUGUCAAAAAAUCAGUUAGAAUUGGUGUCCAUUUUUAGACAUACUUUGGGUUUGAAAGGGGCCAUAGAAAAAGUUACAGUAUUUAUCGUUUUAGCUUGAGUAUUUUAAAGAUGAAAAAUAAUCCAGUUAUCGCCAGAUCUACUGAAGAUCACAGACUAAGCUCAGCUGACUUGUCUUUAUGUACCAUGAUCCCAUAUCUGCUUGUAUACGUAUGCUAAACUGAUAAAUUUAACCCAAGCUGUAGUAAUAUAGGGCCACGGACUUCUUUUCAUAUUUCAAUAGGAUUUUCAUUAUUUGGGAUGAUUUAUCAUUCUGAAUGUCACUUUUUAUCUGUGCAUUUUUUAAUGGUCAUUUACUCAAAGUAUCUUGUAGCGGAGUUCAAGUAAUACGAAUAUGUGAGCAAUCGUUUGAACACGAACAGGAUCGCUGAAGCCAAGGGGUAAACCUAAGCUGUGAUGUUUGCACAUUGAGGACAAAUCACAAAGCCUGUUAUUGUACGUGUUGAGUGUUGUUAUCGCCCCGAGUGUGCUGGGCUCUUUGGUUGGCAUGCCAAGUGCGUGCGUUUGGUGCAGUAUGCAGUUUGGUUUCUUUAAUCUGUUUAGAAAAGUAGACAGAGAAUUUUAAUUUUAACUUCAUAUACUUGCUGACUGGUUCACUUUUUUUUUUCUCCCUACCGGGUUUUGGAACUGCACAAAAUCUCAGAUUUUCUUUUAAGGCUUUAAAUGCUUUCAUGGAUUGAAAAGAUACUUUUUUUUUUAGUACUUUAAACAGACCUGUCAAAUGAAUAAAAAUGAAACGGAGUGCUUGGGUGUGUGUACGGGAGAAAAGGUUAAUGCCUGCAGCGUCUUUCCUUUGUUCCCUCUGCUUAGUUUCCAACUUGAAGUGGUCAAGUGCAAUAUCUGAGUCAAUGCAACAUUUAAUUUUAUGUAAUUAAAUCAGUUAGCAGUGAACUGCACCUCUGUCUUGGGGCCAUUGUGCUGCUUGGGCAUAUGGGAGCACCUUCACAAAACCCAAAUGCCCCCUCCCCUCCCCAACUUCCUCCUUGUUACACCACUGGCCAUCAGCAUCUGUGUAGGAGAGAACUGGGUGUUCUUUGCUCUUCGCUGCUAUGCUAAUAUCGGGUCAAUGUGAAGCUAAUCUAAUUUAAACCACAUUAACUAUGAUUGUAGGUGUGCUAUUCUCCGGUGCUGUCUUCAGUAAAGUUUGGAAUCAGUGUAAUUUCCUCUAACCGCAAAAGCUGUAUGCGUGGUUAAUUGUUGAUGCCUUUCAAGUGCUAAUUUUAAGAUGGCUUUUCUGUUCAUUUCUUUUAAUUAACGUGCGGAAAUCAUCAUGCGCGAUUGCAUGACUACUGUUCAUGGAAGGACAAUCAAGAAUCUAGAAAGCAGGGUUUAAACCAUGUUACCAAUGUGACAGAAAAUGGAGGCUUAGGAUGCUGAAACGUCUUUUAAAGAUGAGGAUUAUGCUUUGCAAACCAUUGUAUGAAAUUCACUUUGUAAGUUUAUGUUGAUAAAUAAAUGACUUCUUUAAAAAAAUAA